AUUAAAUUCUUGGAUUGAAUACCACCCCCUAAAUUUAUUGAUUGACUCGUCCCUUCCCUCACCUCGAAACAAACAAAUUAGGGUUACAGAUUCCUGAAUCAGAGUCCAUGGAAGAGAUUACAGACGGAGUGAACAACAUGAACUUGGCCGUUGAUUCCCAGAAGAAGAACCGGAUCCAGGUUUCCAACACCAAGAAACCAUUGUUCUUCUACGUCAAUCUCGCCAAGAGGUAUAUGCAAGAGCACAAUGAUGUCGAAUUGUCUGCCCUUGGGAUGGCCAUUGCAACCGUUGUUACCAUUGCUGAAAUACUCAAGAACAAUGGUUUUGCUGUUGAAAAGAGUGAGUUUCUUGGAUAUUUAGUUUUUAUAUUUUUAUACGAUUUGGCAACUAAGCUUUGUUUUUGUAUGUGUAUAGAGAUCAUGACUUCAACUGUUGAUAUUAAGGAUGGCUCUAGGGGACGUCCUGUGCAGAAACCUAAGAUCGAAAUUACGCUUGGCAAGUCAGAGAAGUUUGAUGAGCUAAUGGCUGCAGCCAAUGAAGAAAAGGAAGCAGCAGAAGCUCAGGUGCAGAGCUGAACACAGCUUUCUACUGUUAUGGUUUCAUGAAUCUUUCUUCUCUCGUGAUGCUUUAUAUUAUUUGUUUAAUUUCAUUGAUUUUUGGCUGAAUUUUGAGUUGUUAUGUUGGGAUGGUUUGUUGUACCUGUUGAAUCACUUUACAUUACUAUAUGAUGAUAUGAGAUUAAAGAUGGUUUCUUUUCUUGUCUU